AAAAAAUGGCAGCCUCCACUGUUUGCAUUUUGAGAGGAAAAUUGUAAUAUAUAUUUAAAAGAUCUAGUUUAUAUUUUUUGUUAUAAGGUCUGAAAUAAAGUAAUCGCGAAUACAUUUCCAGAAAAUGUUAGCAAAGCAUUUAUUGUCACUGAACUGAGAUUUUGGUCGAGGCAAAUAUGGAGUCCAUCAACAUUUAUAAUAUAUGACAUGUUUAAUAUAAGACAAACAACAAAAGGAACAUGGCUUUGUUAGAAUAUGAAAAUCAGAUAUUUUUAGAUGCAUUCCAUGAAGAUGGUUUACUGAUAUUAGCAAGAGGUCUUGGCAUUGAUAGGAUCUUUGUAAACUUUUUAAAAAUCUACAGCGACCCUGGCAGUCUGGUUCUUGUAUUGAACACCUUAUCAACAGAGGAGGAUUAUUUUAUAGAACAGUUAGAAUCAGAUGGUGUAAAACCAUUACCAAGGAUCAUCACAAAUGAAUUCAAGGCAUCCGAGAGACAGAGCAUGUAUCUCCAGGGAGGUGUUUUGUUUCUGACAUCCCGGAUUUUAGUUGUGGACCUUCUCACUGACCGGGUUCCCAUCGACCUUGUGACUGGAAUCCUGGUGUACAAGGCUAACAGGAUUUUGGAAUCAUGCCAGGAAUCAUUUAUUUUACGAUUAUACAGACAGAAAAAUAAGAGUGGGUUUAUCAAGGCUUUCUCUGACAACCCCGAUGCCUUCAUUAGUGGCUUCUGUCAGGUGGAACGAGUCAUGAAAAAUCUAUUUGUCCGUAAACUCUUUUUGUGGCCAAGGUUUCAUGCUAAUGUAGUGUCCUGUUUAGAGAAACACAAGGUGGAUGUGGUAGAACUUCACAUGCAGAUUAGCCCAGCUAUGACAGCCUGUCAGACGGCACUGCUAGAUCUCAUCAACGCCUGUGUGAAGGAACUGAAGCGGUGCACCCCAGCUGUGGACACGGAUGAGGUUACGGUUGAGAAUGCUCUAGGAAAGUCGUUUGACAAGACAAUUCGAAUACAGCUUGAUCCUGUUUGGCAUCAGCUCAGUACAAAGACUCGACAGCUGGUUUCUGAUCUAAAGACACUCAGACUUAUUUUGAGACAUCUUACUCAGUAUGACUGUGUGACAUUUUAUAGCUUAGUCCACUCUAUUCGAACAAAUGAGAAAACAUUUGGACAGAACACAGGCUGGUUAUUUCUGGAUGCAGCAGACAGUUUAUUUGUACAUGCUCGAGAUAGAGUAUGGCGUCCUCAAGAAAAGAAGAAAAAACUCAAGUCUGAUAAAGAAGAUGCUAAGCCUGUUGUUGAAAAUCAGGAACCUGUUUUGGAGGAGUGUCCUAAGUGGAAGGUUUUGUCUGAGAUUUUGAAGGAAAUCGAUGAGGAAAACAAGAAAUGUGAUUCUAACUCGGAUCGUGGUCGUGUUCUUAUUUGUGCUGAGGAUGAUCGCACAUGUAAUCAGCUCAAAGAAUACCUACGUGAUGGUGGUAAAGAACUGUUGCUCAGACUGUACAAUAAAUUCUUGGCAGUAAAAGGAGGCGGCUUACGUGAAGAAACUAAGGUAGAGAACAAGAGUAAGAGUCAACACAAAGGCAAAGGAAAACUAACAAAACCUGCUGCUCCAAUCUCACCUGAACUGACACUAACACAGAUGAUGGGGGACCACGGCAAAUCAGAGGAUGUCGGAGAGGUUUCAGAUGGCGAGUCCAAUCUGCCACUAUCAUCUCAAGACGCAUAUUUUGGAGUGUUGCCAGAACCCGUGACGAUUCUCCACCCUCUACAUGGCUGCUCUGACCCUCACGGGCUGAGUCGAACUCUGCAAGAGGUGCAGCCCAGAUACAUCAUCCUAUACGACGCUGACAUGCAGUUUGUUAGACAGAUCGAGGUAUAUCGAGCUUCUCACCCCGGGGUGUCACUUCGUGUCUACUUCCUGUUAUACAGCAGCUCAGUGGAAGAACAGAAAUACCUGACGACGUUACGUAAAGAGAAAGAAGCAUUUGAAUACCUCAUCAAGCAAAAAGCUACUAUGGUAAUACCUGAAGAGAGAGAUGGAAAAAUGGAGGAUGAUCCAAAUCUGGCAAGGGGGACAACUCCAGCUAAUGCAACCACCAACUCUAGAAAAGGAGCAGUGGAAAAACCUGUUCAGAAAAAGAUCAUUGUUGACAUGCGCGAGUUUCGCAGUGAGCUGCCUUCUCUAGUACACAGACGUGGUAUUGAAAUAGAACCUGUGACACUGGAGGUAGGUGACUACAUCUUGACCCCCGACAUCUGCGUGGAGCGUAAGAGUGUGAGCGAUCUGAUUGGCUCUCUCAACAAUGGCCGACUAUACAACCAGUGUGUGUCCAUGUCCAGAUACUACAAGAGACCUGUGUUGCUGAUCGAGUUCGAUGCCACUAAAUCUUUCUCACUGCAGGGAAAAUACUCUCUGUCCAAUGAUGUGUCCAUGCAGGACGUGACCUCGAGGUUAGCUCUUCUCACCCUCCACUUCCCCAAACUGAGGAUCCUCUGGUGUCCAAGUCCUUACGCAACGGCGGAACUGUUUGAUGAACUCAAGGCUGGCAGAGAACAGCCAGACGCUACCACUGCGAUGUCAGUAACAGCGGCAGAAACAGCUGUAGACUGGACAGACAAGUACAGCCAUGGACCACAGGAUUUUCUUCUGCGAAUGCCUGGUGUGAAUUCGAAGAAUUACCGACACCUGAUGAACAAAGUGCAGGAUCUAUCGGAACUGACCCAGCUUUCCCUGGAGCGGCUGACGGAAAUCAUGGGAAGUUCUGGUCACGCGAAGCUGCUGUUUGAUUUCCUCCAUGUAAAACAGAGUGAUGCAGCAACCGCGUUUACAGGGCCUCAACAAACAAAAACAGACAAGAAAAGAACUUUCAUAUCAAAAAGGAAAAAGUGAUACAAUACAUAUUGAAGUGGAUUUGUUAUUUAUCCUAGGUUUUUUCUCCCAUUGGUCCUAAUCUUUCCUGUGUGGAGAUGGGGAGGGGUGAGGUCUGUGGUAGAGCAUGUACCUGAGGACAAACAAACACAGAUACCAAAAGAACUUUCAUAUCAAAGAGGAAAAAGUGAUACAAUACAUAAUGAAGUAGAUAA